AUGACCGUUACGCUUGAAUGGGAGAGAGUGGAGAGGAUUAACCUAAAGACACUUCACGAACUUGGGAAAGAGCAGAUGGAGCAGCUGUUUGACAUGUUUACUGAGACGGAGGAUUGGCAAGUGACGGACAAAGCUCCAAAGAAGAUCACACAUGUUCUGCAGGUGCUGCAGGCACUGCUCAAGAUCAAGGGCCAGGAGUUGGACGUGGCAUUCAAGUUUCUGGAGAACAUGGGAGCAGAACAUGUCAGGAAGGAAAGUGAACUAAACCAGGAAAUUGAAAGACUGGAAAAGGAAUUUAAGGUGCCGCGUGGCGCCUCGGGCUCAGACAGCAGGUUCUUGAGCUCGCAGCUGGGGCAUCUGGAGUCGCAGCUGGAGCAGUGGCAGAAAGAGGCAACCGAGCUGAAGAAAGACAUGGGCAAAGAACGGGAGCUUAGGCAGGAGAUGAAGGCUCGAGCAGAGGAAGCGGAGGGAGAAGUCCUACGUCUGAAAAGAAUGCUUAAAAAACUGAAGAAGGAGAAUGACCAGCUGAGCCAGGACGUGGAUUACUACCGGGGCGAACUCGAUGCCAAAGAGCCUGCGACAUCACGAGACGAGGGUGCGGAAGUCCAGAAGAAGCUGACCCAGGCCAACAGGCAGCUCUACCAGUGUCUGGAGGAUCUGCAGCGAACGGAGGACGAAAAUGCAGACCUGAAGUCGCAGAACGAGCAGCUGCAGCGGAGCCUGGAGGAGUCUGUGCAGGAGAUGGACAAGAUGGCCGACGAGUACAACCGCAUGAAGAUUGUGGUCCAGCAGACAGACGCAGUGAUGGACCAGCUCCGGAGGGACAGGGACCACGCCAAGAUCCAGGUGCGAGAGCUGACUGAGAAGAUCCAGAGCAUGUCGGAGGACGAGGACCCCAUCAUGGCCGCCGUCAAUGCCAAAGUGGAGCAGUGGAAGGGCGUGUUGUCCGGGAAAGACGACGAGAUCCUGGUUUAUCAGCAAAUGAUCCGGGAGCUGAGGGAGAAGUUGCGGUCCUCUCAGAUGGACCUGGACAAGAGCAACAUUCUGUCCCUACAGCAGGCCGUGCAGGACAGAGACGGCCAGAUUCAGGCGCUGAGCGAGCAGCUUCAGCUCUACACUGGAGAGAUGGAGAAACACACUCAGCUCAUCGAGGAUCUAAAGACGUCCACAAGAACUGACAAAGGUUUCCCGUCGAUGCUGCAGCAGAAGAAGAUAGAGGAGCUGAAGUGUAAAUUGGAAGAGGCGGAAGAGCGUGCAGCAGAGGCUGAGAGUGCUCUGAAACUGUUCGAGUCUCACGCCGAAGAGAAGGACAAGGAUCUGAUCGAGGCCACUAACCGACUCAAGCAGUAUGAGGCUGGAACUUACGGGCUGGAGGCGGCCGUGGCGGAGAUCAAAGAGUGCAGAAAUCUCAUGAGGAUGAAGGAUUUGGAGGCUGAAGCCAUGACCAAAGACAUCAACCAACUGGAGAUGAGAAUCAACGACCUGCUGGACGAGAAUGAGGACUUCCGGGAAAAACUUGGACUGGAGCCCAAACAGGAAGUGGACCUGACAGCGUUCAGACGGGCCAAAGACGUGAGGCAGCGUCAGUACCGCGCAGAGAACCAAGUGCUCACCAAAGAGGUAUAG